UCGCCUGCCAAUAAUUCUCCUCUCUUCGUGUGCAACACACCAAAACACCCGACGCUAACAUCACGACGUGCACGAGCUAUCCUUUCAGCUAGGACAGCAAGCGAGAGAGAGAGAGAGAGAAGAGGAAGAAAGAAAGCCAGCCAGCCAGCUAGGAUGGCCCCGGCUAUGCUAGCCAUGGCAGAGAAGCCGAAGCCCGCGGUCCUCCUCGCCGGCAUGGCGAGCGGCCCGAGGGAGGUGUACGAGAGCGGGAGGACCAAGGGCAUGGAGUGGAGGCAGUCGCAGCUCAGGGGCCUCAUCAGGCUCCUCACCGACAAGGAGGAGGAGAUCUUCACCGUCCUCUACGAGGACCUCGGCAAGCACCGCGGCGAGUCCUUCCGGGACGAGCUUGGGAUUCUUGUCAAGUCAAUCAAGUACACGCUGCAAAACCUCAAGAAAUGGAUGGCUCCGGAGAAGGCUGAAUCGCCGUUGGUUGCAUUUCCGGCGACCGCGAUGGCGGUGCCGGAGCCGCUCGGGGUUGUGCUCAUUUACUCCUGCUGGAACCUGCCACUAGGUUUAGCACUGGAGCCACUCUCUGGUGCCAUAGCGGCUGGCAACGCCGUCGUUCUGAAGCCCUCCGAGCUCGCCCCAUCCACCGCCGCGUUCCUCGCCGCCAACAUUCCCAAGUACCUGGACAGCAGGGCUGUGAAGGUUGUGCUGGGAGGCCCCAGCGUAGGGGAGGAGCUCAUGGAGCACAGAUGGGACAAGGUUCUUUUCACCGGAAGUGCCAGGGUAGGGCGCAUUAUCAUGGCAAAAGCAGUUAAACACUUGACACCGGUUGCACUAGAACUGGGCUCAAAAUGCCCGUGCAUCGUUGAUUGGUUGGGUAGUAAGAGGGAUAGGCAGAUUGCAGUGAACCGCAUAAUCGGAGCGAAAUGGUCGACUUGUGCUGGUCAGGCUUGCAUUGCCAUCGAUCACGUGAUUGUCGAGGAGAGAUUUGCUCCGAUUCUGAUUGAGCUACUGAAAUCAACGCUUAAGAGGUUUCUGGCCAAACCCGGGGGCAUGGCUCGUAUCCUGAACGCAAAACACUUUGAGAGGCUGAGUGGCUAUCUGGAGGAUAAUGGGGUGGCAGCUUCUGUCGUGCACGGUGGUGACAUAGACCCCAAGACACUGAGCAUUGAGCCAACCAUACUGCUAAACCCUCCUGUCGAUUCCGACGUCAUGAACGAGGAGAUAUUCGGCCCGAUUCUCCCGAUCAUCACGGUAAAGAAGACCGAGGAUUGCAUCGCGUACUUGAAAUCAAAGCCGAAACCACUCGCGAUCUACGCCUUCACCAACAACGAGAGCCUGAAACGCCGCAUCGUGGAGGAAACGUCGUCCGGGAGCGUCACAUUCAACGACGCGGUUGUGCAGUACGCUCUUGAGAGCGUCCCCUUCGGCGGAGUCGGCCACAGCGGGUUCGGACAGUACCACGGCAAAUACUCGUUCGAGUUGUUCAGCCACAAGAAGGCGGUGUUCAAGAGAAGCUUUCUGAUCGAGUUCAUGUUCAGAUACCCGCCGUGGGACGAGAGCAAGAUCGGAACGCUGAGGCAUGUCUUCAGCUACAACUACUUCUUGCUAUUCUUCAACCUGCUCGGCCUGAGGAGAUGAACAAGCCAGCCGAAGAAAGGCUCCAGCUGUGAAGGAGUAAGCAGAGAGGGAGGCUACGUAAGUAAGAUAGCAAAGCAUGUGGAUUAUAUACGGUUCUACCUAGUGUGAUGUUGGCGAUGUAUCACUAUACUUCAGUUGCAUGUUGUAUUGUCACGUUUGAUUUCCUUAUUUAUUGUACUCUUUGGAAAAAAAGGAGUGUGUGUUUUAUUUUAUUUUUUUGAAAAAAAUUGUGAGUACUGCAAAUAGAGUGCUCUCGGAUGUUAUACAUCGUAAAGAAAAAUAUAUAAAAAGUUUAAGUUAGUAAUUACAAGACAAGAUCA